AUGACAACCGCGUCAGAAGCUCCAGAGAGUGAAAAAAUCUUUGAUAUACCUCCAACUGAAGAUGUGCCACAAACCCCGAAAGCGAAUGGACAUGCGAUUGAGAAUGGCGAUGGAGAAGAACCUCCGACCAAGAGGCGGCGGCUCAGCAGCGAGACAAAGACCAUACCGAAGCGCAAACCCGAAUCGCCUCCUUGGAAGAAAGUGUUAGCAGAAGGGCCAACUUCUUUUACUGUCGAUGGUAAGCGCAAAUCAGGCCGUGUGAAUCAGAUACCAUUGGAGCUACAACCUCCAUCCGCGAAGCGGACAACGCGGGGCGCGGCGCAAAAAGCAGUCACCUCAAAAAGUAAACCUGGAAGUGCAAAUGGUAUUCACUCAUCCUCAAAUCGAGAUGCAUCUACACCCGGAACGUCCCAGGCUUCCAAGAAGUCUACCGGCCAAAGUAUAUCGAAACCGCCAACCAAACCAUCAACAUCCCCAAAGCGCUCACAUCGAAAGUCCAUACCCUCGGAGCAGAACUUAAAUCAACCACGGUCUGGCAACAAAAAAUCCCUGGUUAAAAAAGAUCCAGAAUCUACGCCGGCAUAUUCAAGAUUGCGCCGAUCGGGUCGAGCUUCUGAGGUAAUGCAACAUGACCUGAUGAGUUCGUCGCCAGCAAUAAAAGCAGAGAGUAUGGCAGAUCAAACUCCCAAAUCGACGCCAACGAAAAUUAGGCUUCGACUCAAGCCGGCGGUUAUCCCCGUGGUUUAUCCAGAUGCGUUCCCCCAUCCACCAAAAUUUGCGUCUUUCGACGAGUUCUACGAGCGGGGGCAACAUAUACCAGUAGAUAAUGGUGGUUUGUAUAGCGCUGAAGAUGCGGUAGAAUAUACCGAGGAAGAUAUCAAGAGGGAGGCUCAGACAAUUAUACGACUUGAAGAUGCAGUGGAACCCGGUGGUGUUUUGGCCAAUUCUACCCUCGUGAAUCAUCCUGAAAAACAAGACUCCAUGCCACCACAGUAUGCUCAUCAAGAUCAUGUUGUGAGGGCUGCCCUCCACUUUCGGACGCUUAUGAUCAGGGAACAAAAAGAGCACUUGAGGCUUGCGAAACAACUGGCUGAGGCAUGCAGGGAUGUAUGGGCUCAGCGACAACCGAAGUCUCAUGAACAAUUGGAGGCAGAGGAGAGGAAAGCAUCCGAAGUGCGCUACAAAAGCGUGCUCAAAAGUCUUCUGGGUACCUGGGAGAAUGUCAAAAUAGAGGUCAACCGGCGGCGCUUGGUAGAGUGGGAGGCUCAGGAGCAAGCUCGGGUACGAAAAGCCCUCAACGAAGCCGUAGACAUUUCUACCCAAAAGUUACAAGCUCGCAGAGCGCAACAGGAUUCGGAAGAAGGGACUGACGAGGACGAGGACGAAGAUGAAGGUGCGAAUGAUGAUACCGAUAAUGACAACCACUCGGGUUCUGAGCCCAAGGAUGAUGAAAGUAAUAUGUCCUCCUCAGAAUCGGAGGCUGAUGAGGAGACUACCAAGCAUGAGGAUGAAAAACUUACUGUUGAUCAAUUGCGCGAAAAAUAUGCAGCUUUGCCGAGUAUUACACCAGCCAGCGACGACAAAGAAAUGGUUGGAAACGGAAGCGAAGAUGAAGAUAUGGAAAGCGAUCCUUCGACAGAUAUGGAUGAUGAUACAGAAUCCAGCGAUGAAGAGGAUAGCGAUGAGGAAGAGGGCGACGAAGCAGAUGAGGGCGGCCGCGCUGAUCUUCUCGGAUUUCUCUUGCCUUCCGACAUCAAGGAACUGGAAACGAAGCAAGCCGGAUUGGGGCCUGUCGAAGAAGUGGUGGAAGUAAUGGACGAAGAUUCAAUGUCAGUUGUACCAGACGAUGCGAUGGAUUUAGAUGUGGAGGAUAGUGAAGCUUCCCUCAUACCUAAUGGAGAAUCUACACAUCCUUUAAUGAAUGGGACUUCUAAGAGAUCACCCCUGAUCGAAGAGAUAUCUACAAGUGACCAGCAUGAUAUACCUAGCAAGGCAAAUGAUUUAUUGUCUCCACAUCGACCACAAGAGAUUAAAGCGAUGAGUCCUGAUCUAAGCAGUCAGCCUACUCCAAGAACAACCGAAACUAAACCUUCAGAGGUGGAUUCGGCAUCAUCUGUGGACCUUCAUCACAGUAGUCGGCACAACACACAGAGCCUAACACCUCAACCCUUAAACGGACUAAAGACUCCUGUUCCCUUUCUCUUGCGCGGCACCCUUAGAGAAUAUCAACACUAUGGUCUGGAUUGGCUUGCCGGUCUAUACGCGAACAAUACAAAUGGCAUUCUAGCAGAUGAGAUGGGAUUGGGGAAAACAAUUCAGACAAUAGCCUUAUUGGCUCAUCUGGCCUGCGAACAUCAAGUCUGGGGCCCGCAUCUUGUCAUUGUACCAACCAGUGUUAUGCUCAACUGGGAAAUGGAAUUCAAAAAAUGGUGUCCAGGUUUCAAGAUCCUAACUUACUAUGGUAAUCAAGAAGAGAGAAAACGCAAACGUGCUGGCUGGAAGGACGAUGAUGCUUGGAAUGUAUGCAUCACCUCAUACCAACUUGUUAUUCAAGAUCAGCAAGUAUUCAAGCGACGACAAUGGCACUACAUGAUUCUUGAUGAAGCUCACAACAUCAAGAAUUUCCAAUCUCAAAGGUGGCAAACUAUGUUGAAUUUCAAUACCCGAGCACGGCUGCUACUGACUGGUACUCCGCUACAAAACAAUUUGACGGAAUUGUGGUCGUUGCUCUACUUCUUGAUGCCUUCAGAUGGGAGCGAGCAAGGUGUUGGUGGCUUUGCAAAUCUGAAAGAGUUCCAGGACUGGUUCAAGAAGCCGACCGAACAAAUCUUGGAGCAUGGUAGGGAUCAAAUGGACGAUGAGUCCAAGGCAAUCAUUAGCAAACUCCACAAGGUUCUCAGGCCUUACCUCCUCCGGCGACUGAAAGCAGAUGUCGAAAAGCAAAUGCCCGGAAAAUAUGAGCACGUUGAGUUCUGCCGUUUGUCCAAAAGACAGCGUGAGCUUUACGAUAGCUUUCUAAGUCGAAAUGAUACCAGAGAUACCCUCGCAUCGGGUAAUUAUCUUUCCAUCAUCAACUGUUUGAUGCAAUUACGAAAGGUUUGUAAUCAUCCGGAUCUCUUUCUCGAUCGACCUAUCAUGACUUCUUUUCCAAUGGAAAAGUCUGCCGUUACCGAUUUUGGGGUCAAAGAUCUUCUGGUUCGUAGGAAGAUGUUCCGUCGGGAAUCUAUGACUGAAGUUAGCUUGGAUUUCUUGAAUCUUGUCCCAGCGAAGCAUGAAUCUUUAUCUGGCGUACUAGCUUUGGAAAUCAACAGGCUCAGUGCCCGGCGUGCUCUAGAAGUAAUGAGGGAGGCCCAACGUACAAGAGCCCAGAAUGCGUUCACAAACCUCGACCCAUCGACAGUCAAAUCAAACUUGGUGUAUUUAGAAAGUGCUUCUAGGUGGGGACGGUUUGAAGAACUUCAGCAUUGCGUAUAUCUUAAUGCUCUCCGGCGACAACAGAAACCUAUCUACGGCAGUUCUCUCAUUGAACGUCUAGAUCUUCGUCUUGACCAGCGUCCACUACAAGCUAGACCUAAACAACGAACCAAGUUGAUAGAAUGGUUAGAGAAUUCUUCACCGAUUAUGAAUUCAAUGGUUCCGACAUUCACAUCACGAUCUGAAGCUUUACAUACAACCAUUCAGAAAUUCGCUUGUGUGACGCCGCCUGUAGUGGCGCGAGAUAUGAACUCGGUUCUGUUCACACCUAGAGGUGUUAGCACCUUCCAAAGCACCGUCGCCACUCGAGAAACAGAUCCAUUCCAUGAGGCACGCAUGAGACUGUCCAUUCAAUUUCCCGACAAACGUCUGUUGCAAUAUGACUGUGGUAAAUUGCAAACUCUAGACAAAUUACUACGUAAAUUACAAGCUGGAGGGCACCGAGCACUGAUUUUCACUCAAAUGACAAAGGUGCUCGAUAUUCUUGAGCAAUUUCUUAAUAUCCAUGGACACAAAUAUCUACGACUUGACGGCGCCACCAAGAUUGAGCAACGACAAAUCCUUACGGAUCGAUUCAACAAUGAUGAUCGAAUUCUGGCUUUCAUUUUAUCCAGUCGUUCCGGUGGUCUAGGUAUCAAUUUGACGGGCGCGGAUACUGUUAUCUUCUACGACUUGGAUUGGAAUCCAGCAAUGGACAAGCAAUGUCAAGAUCGUUGUCAUCGUAUCGGACAAACACGAGAUGUUCAUAUCUAUCGCCUCGUCUCAGAGCAUACGAUCGAAGCUAACAUCUUGCGCAAAGCAAAUCAAAAACGUAUGCUUGAUGAUGUCGUUAUACAAGAAGGUGAAUUCACUACGGAUUACUUUGACAAGAUGAAGGUACAAGAAGUCAUUGGAGAGGAAGAAUCUAGUCUUAUGGACGGUGACGCAGCAGCAAAUGCAGCCAUGGAUCGAGUCUUGGGUGGGCCUGAUAGCGACAAAGAUGUUCGACGUGUUUUUGCUCAAGCCGAAGAUCGCGAAGAUGUCGCCGCAGCUAGAGUUGCCGAACGAGAAGUCGUCCAGACCGACGCCGCCGAUUUUGAUGAAAAUGCGGCCGCGGCCUCUGCUACUCCAGGUGGCGCAGGAACGCCUGCAGAUGGUGUGCCAACUCCUGGUGCUGAUGGAACCCCCACAAUCGAAGACCUAAUGGAUAUUGACGAAGAUGAAGUCAAUGCUUGGGGACAACCAAUCGGUUCAAUGGAUGAUUACAUGUUGAAAUCCAUGUCUGUUCAACUGGCAAACGCACCCAUCGAGUUGCCAAGGGACAAGAAGAAGAGUAAGAAGGGGAAAGACCAUCGAAAUCGGCAUAGAGCUAGAUGA